GGCGAGCGGGAGCCGUGCGCGUGUCCAGCGGCCCAGCUGCUAAUAAAGUUGCGGAGCUGGGAAGCGCAGCGACUGCGCCGGGAGAGCGCGCCCAGCCGGCCCGCGAGUGCCACUGUGGUAGUGUGCGAUGAGGGGAAACAGUACUCUGAAUAUGACAGUUUCACAUUUACUGAUCUGAGUAUCAUGAAAUUUGCAUGUUCCAGAUUCUGACUUGAACCAAUGAAAGAAGCAUAUGGCCUUUGUGAAGAUAAAUGUCAUUACUGUUCUUUACUUGGAACUCCUGCUUAGGACCUGUGAUCUGUUCUGCCACUAGCUACUGACUUUGGUUACAGGAAGGUCUCUGAAGAUUCAUAUCAAAUGACGUCAAUGGCCAGCUUGUUUUCUUUUACUAGUCCAGCAGUGAAACGAUUGUUGGGCUGGAAACAAGGUGAUGAGGAGGAAAAAUGGGCAGAAAAGGCAGUUGAUGCUUUGGUUAAAAAGCUAAAAAAGAAAAAGGGUGCCAUGGAGGAACUGGAGAAAGCCUUGAGCAGUCCAGGACAGCCAAGCAAAUGUGUCACUAUUCCCAGAUCUUUAGAUGGACGCCUCCAGGUUUCUCACAGAAAAGGCUUACCACAUGUUAUAUAUUGUCGUGUUUGGCGGUGGCCUGAUUUGCAGAGUCAUCAUGAGCUAAAACCAUUGGAUAUUUGUGAAUUUCCUUUUGGAUCUAAACAAAAAGAAGUUUGUAUCAAUCCAUACCACUAUAAGAGAGUGGAGAGUCCAGUCUUACCUCCGGUAUUAGUGCCUCGUCAUAACGAAUUCAACCCACAACACAGCCUUCUGGUUCAGUUUAGAAAUCUGAGCCACAAUGAACCGCACAUGCCACAAAAUGCCACGUUUCCAGAUUCUUUCCAUCAGCCCAAUAACACUCCUUUUCCCUUAUCUCCAAAUAGUCCCUACCCCCCAUCCCCUGCUAGCAGUACCUAUCCCAACUCCCCAGCAAGUUCUGGACCAGGAAGUCCUUUUCAACUCCCAGCUGAUACACCUCCACCUGCCUAUAUGCCACCUGAUGAUCAGAUGGGUCAGGAUAAUUCCCAGCCUAUGGAUACCAGCAAUAAUAUGAUUCCUCAGGUUAUGCCCAGUAUAUCCAGCAGAGAUGUUCAGCCUGUUGCUUAUGAAGAGCCCAAACAUUGGUGUUCAAUUGUCUACUAUGAAUUAAAUAACCGUGUUGGGGAAGCUUUUCAUGCAUCAUCUACUAGUGUGUUAGUGGAUGGAUUCACAGACCCUUCAAAUAACAAAAGCAGAUUCUGCUUGGGAUUAUUGUCAAAUGUUAAUCGUAACUCAACGAUUGAAAACACUAGACGACAUAUUGGAAAAGGUGUUCAUCUGUACUAUGUUGGCGGGGAGGUGUAUGCCGAGUGUCUCAGUGACAGCAGCAUAUUUGUACAGAGUAGGAACUGCAAUUUUCAUCACGGCUUUCAUCCCACCACUGUGUGUAAGAUUCCCAGCAGCUGCAGCCUCAAAAUUUUUAACAAUCAGGAGUUUGCUCAGCUUCUAGCUCAGUCUGUCAACCAUGGGUUUGAGGCAGUAUAUGAGCUCACCAAAAUGUGCACCAUCCGAAUGAGUUUUGUCAAGGGCUGGGGAGCAGAGUAUCACCGGCAGGAUGUCACUAGCACCCCGUGUUGGAUAGAGAUUCAUCUUCAUGGGCCUCUUCAGUGGUUGGACAAAGUCCUUACUCAGAUGGGUUCUCCUCUGAACCCCAUAUCUUCUGUUUCAUAAUGCAGAAGUGUUCUUUUCAAUUAUAUUAGUGGACUUGUUUUAAUUUUAGAGAAACUUCCAGUAAGAUACUAUGGGCUGACAUGGAAAAACAGAUAUUACGGCUUAUUUUUUUCUACAUAAUUGUGACCAACACAUUUAUAUUUUGUGAUGAAUCUACAUUUGUUUGUAUUCAUGUUCAUGUGGUUAAUUCAAAAGUGUUGUGAGAGAUGCAGAGUAUUAUGGCCCCAUUCAGAAGUUUGGCAUUGAUCUUAAACUGGAACAUGCUUUUAUUUUCCCAGUAGUUAUUUUUUUAAUUUGUCAAGUUUUUUUAAGUAAUAAAUCACCUGGUGAGAAAUUGUAGCGUUAAGAGGACAUAUAGAGUGAAAUGUAAGUCCUCCUUUCUUGAUCUUCCAGAAGCUGUACUUCUAACAAAUUCUUCAUCGCACCAACUU